AAUACCAUUAGAUAUGCUAUGGGAAAUAUUUAGUUCGUACCCGUGUUCUAUUCCGCUGCAGACCCGCCCGAUGAAAGGGGGCUUGGAUAUACGAUAAUUAAUAUAGCGCAAUCACUAUGAAUCAUCCCCAAGGGCGAAUUACGUGCAGAUUAAAGCCAGUAGUGUCUUUCUGACUAUUCAGAUCUAGAUUUCUUGGUAUAAGUAGAUAUAUACACGAAGCGCAAAGCAUUCAAAAACUCCGAUACUGUACUAGAACAAGUCAUCAAGCGAAAGCCACUUUAUAAAGACCUCAACAUACUUCCCACUUGUCGCAGUAUUCGCAAUACCCUUACAAAAACCUAACAUGAUUUCCCAGGCCCAAGUGGCUAGAUUCGCAUUGCCCCAAUCGGCGACGGGCCUCCGCGUGGUGCCUGGGUCUCGUUUAGAUCUCCGGCCUGAAGAGGAAAUUGUACGAGAGCUCUGUUCUUUUCGCCCCGUCACCUCUGAAAAGAACGUAUGGUGUUUCUGGGACAAGGGCUUGGAUCGCAUGUACCCUAGCUACCGAUGCACCGUACUCAACUGGGUCAGGAAGCUGGGUAGCUCGUGGACCGUUCGCAUCGUCGAUCUCGUUGACGACUCGCCCAACAAUGUCUACAAGUACGUGAGCAAGGACUGGUUCCCCGAAUGCUUCGUCAACCGGACGAUGGACGGAAAUCACGCGGCACAGCACGCUGCCGAUCUGGUACGGCUACCAUUGCUGUACGAACACGGAGGCGUCUGGAUGGACGUCGGAAAUAUGCUGCACACGCAUCUCGACCAACUAUUCUGGAAUGCCUUAAGCACUCCGGAUUCGCCAUACAAGAUGGCUGUCUGGAUUAUAUCAGGACAGAUCAGGAAGCAAUGGGGCAGUUUCGGCAACUACAUGUUAGCCGCGCGAAAGGGCUGCAUCUUCAUCAGGAACUGGCACAACUCUUACAAAGAGCUAUGGAAAGGACGCACCAAUGCCACUGGUUUCCACAAAUUACCCUUAGUUCAAGACAUUGGGAUUGCCGAGGGCAUGUCUGAUUGGCACUUCAAGGACAAGGUCCUCGAGAUGAGCGACUACGUGGCGCAGAUGCUCCUCGGCGAUCGCACGAAGAACUUACUCGAUGUCAGCACAGGCUGGAACGGGCGCGAAUUCUGGGAGAACAACGUGUUCAUGGUAGAAGGGAUAGAAAACGGCAUUCUUGGGGCGAUUAGAACCGACUUCGACGGAUAUAAGCAGGCCGAGCUUUUCACGACGGCACUCGAUGAGCCGGAUGAGAGCAAGAGGCAGGCCGCCGAGGCGUUUGUUGUAGAGGUGCUCGAGAAGAGCCACAUGUACAAGGUCUAUCACAAUUCGGCGGGUGGCCUGCCCGCUCUUGGGGACCUGGUUAAGAAAGACGGCUUCAAGGACGCGGACCAUAGACCGGGUACGUUUGGCGAGCUGUAUAGGUACGGAACGGUGCACUGGGAAUCAGUGCGCGAGGUAGAGCGCUUGAUACCGCAGUCAACUGGUGAGGAACUGAUUCUGGCUACGCCUACGACGCCAUCGAAGCGCCAAGUGAAUGAGGACUAGUACUAGUUAGCGAUUAUUUCAACUAUAGCGUUAUCAAAUCGAAAUAGAAUUGUAUAUAGGGUGUAUUGAUAAUCAUUGGUGUUAAUCACGUUGAUACCCCCGGGAGUGGCAGCAGAAUCAGAGUGAAAUCAAGCGAUGAUUCGAAUUGAUGUUUGAUCAUGCGCCACAACCAGAAGCCGUCUCAAUCCUCGGCAAAAGAACGACUGCGCGUCUCGUUGCCACAGAGCAGGCAGUUGUUCUUAUUCAUCGCGCGGCUGGCCAGCUUUAUGCUAGAAUUCAUAUUCGAGUUCAGCCAAUUCACUCGUGUCAUCGCCUCUGUCAUGCGUUGCGGGGUUCUCACCCGACUUUGUCUCCUCUUGACAUAUAGGGUGCUACAGGGCUUUUCGAGUUUUCCGUUACAACGAAUUGCUGUUGGCGUGCUGCUGUUACUUAUCGCAGAAGUGGAAGAUACUGUCAUCGAAGCAAAAAUGGUGAAAUGCAUAGCUCUUGCUGACACCAGUAAGAUGGUGGACGCAGGCAUCAGACCUAUUGAAGAGAAACAAGGAAAGUAACCAAACCCAAACUUUACCGAUGAAAAAAAAAAAAAAAAAAAGGAAAGGAAACUGAGGUCAAAAAAGUGAGUGAAUAUUAACAAGAACCAAAAAUAUUGCGAUUGAGAAAGCUCUCC